UUAGUUGGGCAUGGAACUGCCUUUUUUUUAUGGAGGUGAGCAAAACAUUCAUUCAAAAUGUGUUGACAUUUCAUCCUCUUCCUCUUUUGUCUUCCUGUGUUCACAGAAAAUGUAAUUUUUAACACUUUCUACUGAAUAUCAGCCUCUCACUGGCCACUCUUAAUUCUCCUCUUGUGCAGCAGAUCAUUACCCACAAUGACAGAUUUGUUUUUUUGAAUGCUCAUUUUCUUUCUCCUCUCACGGUUUCAGACUACGCUGGAGCAUGCUCGGCCCGAAGAGCCCAGCUGGGACGAGGACUUUGCCGAUGUUUACCAUGAGCUGAUCCACUCGCCGGCCUCCGAUACCCUUCUCAACCUGGAGCACAACUACUUUGUGAGCAUCUCCGAGCUCAUCAGUGAGAGAGACAUGGAGCUUAAGAAGCUACAGGAGAGGCAAGCCGCUGAAAUGGACAAAGUGAUGCAUGAGCUGGGAAAUACUUUGAAUGACCAUGAUGUAAAUGCAGUUGCCUCUCAACACUUUGAUGCACAGCAGGUGUUGGAGACCAAGUGGGCCAGUGAGCUGAAGCAAGUUACUGGCAUUCAAAAGCACGAGUAUCAGCAGUGGGUCAUCAGUCUGCACCAGGACCUGCAGAAAUCCAACAACAGCAGCCAAAUUAACGAGGAGAUCAAGGUGCAGCCCAGCCAGCUGUCGGAGCUGGACGAUUCUGGAGCCAGGAUGUUUGAGGAGCAGCCUCAGCUGGAGGAGAGUUUUACGAUACAUUUAGGAGCACAACUGAAGACAAUGCACAACCUGCGGCUGGUCCGGGCAGAUGUGCUGGACUUCUGUAAGCACCGGCGGCACAGCAGUGGUGGAGCGAAGCUGAGGCGGCUGCAGACGGCCCUCUCGCUCUACUCCUCCUCGCUCUGCGGUCUGGUGUUGUUGGUCGACAACAGGGUCAACUCCUACAGUGGCAUCAAGAGAGACUUUGCAACUGUCGACAAGGAGUGUACGGACUUCCACUUUCCCUGUCUGGAGGCGCAGCUGGACGAGGUGCAGCAGGUGUUGCUCUACGCCAGAGCCCAGCGGACCAGCAAGCAGAAAGAGCAGCCGGAGAUUCCAAGGAACGGAGGUGACGAUAAGAGCAAAAAUGUUGAAAGAAAUCCAUCCAACAUCUUACCAGGUGAGUUCUACAUCUCGCGGCACUCCAACCUGUCGGAGGUCCAUGUGGUCUUCCACCUGUGUGUGGACGACAACGUGCGUUCAGGGAACAUCACGGCCCGGGACCCGGCCAUUAUGGGCUUGAGAAACAUCCUGAAGGUCUGCUGCACGCACGACGUCACCACCAUCACGGUCCCGCUGCUGCUGGUCCACGACAUGUCGGAGGAGAUGACCAUACCGUGGUGUCUAAAGAGAGCAGAGCUGGUAUUUAAAUGUGUCAAAGGCUUCAUGAUGGAGAUGGCCUCGUGGGAUGGAGGAAUAUCACGCACAGUCCAGUUUCUAGUGCCAAAGAGUAUCUCAGAGGAGAUGUUCUACCAGUUGAGCAACAUGCUGCCUCAGAUCUUCCGCGUCUCCUCCACCCUAACUCUCACCUCAAAGCACUGAUGGAGAGGGAUGCACCACGUUGCCCCCUCGAGGCAUUCCGACUAACACAGACUGAUUUAUUUUAACAAUUAUACAGACAUGUUAUAUUCUUCUUCCUUUUUUUUGUCAGGAACUGUUGACAAAAUUAGUAGCACAUUGGCCCCAUUCAUUGAAAUGGGGUCAACAUAACACGGUGGCACUUACAGAAGAUGUGCAAAAGAACAAGAUUUUAAAUGUGACAUGAGACGUUUGUGUGCAUUUGGUUAUUUUUGCACCUUCCAAAGCUACACACGCUGUAAAUACUUCUUACUGGAUUCUGUGGCUCAUCACCAAAGCAGCUGCUGCAGUUAUCAUUUCAGGCCCCCGGGGUGCAGUUCUGGUGACAGAGUUUUACGACAUCAUGACAUCAGCUGCAAGUAUACCAGUUUUCCUUCAAAGCUGUGAUCUGUAGCUUUCCACACGUUCGAGCUGCUGCAUGAUGGAUUAACAGUGUGUCGGUGAAGUUGUUUUAACUCGCUGGUACGGCGGGAAAAUGCCAUCGACGGAGCAGGAAAAAGAAAGCGUUUACUAAAGUGAUGAAGCUGGAUAAUAGGGGCAAUUGGACAGGUGUGACCUAACUGUAUUAGCAACCACGCUAUAUGUGACUUUUGUAGUGUUACCAUACAGAUGGAUGUAAUGACUGUUGAUUAUAAAGAAGUCCCAGAUCGCCUCUUUAAAUCCAUUUUUUUAAAGCUUUGAUAGACAAUAUGAGGUCCCUGUCACCGUCACAUUCCAUCUGUUGAAUGUUCAGGAAGAAGUCCUGAUAUAUGAUCACACAGUUUAGCCAUCAUAUGAGAUUUCACAGUCUACCAAUGGGUAUGGGGCUGGUAUUUGGGAGCUGAUUCUCCAGAGACAAGUGACAAGAACUUUGCUCUUCUAGUCCCAAAGACGAAUGUCGUUGCUGCUGAGUUGAGCAACGUGCAGGUGUCUUUUUUAUGCUGCAUUGCAGUGAGUUGUAGUGAGAAUCCGUCACACACACACACACACUGUUUGUGUGUGUGUGUGUGUGUGUGUGUGGGGGUGGGGGGGGGGGGGGGGUCCUCCCUUCUACCUCUGUAACAGCAGAUGGCACUGUUCCUAAAGACAAAGAUGUGACCAGGGUGACCACACAGGCACUUACACACUUAGUAACAGAGAUAAAGUUUAAAAGAGCCCGGUGACUUCCAUGUCGGUCCUGAUGAGCCAGGAGGGACCUCUCUGAAAAGCUCAGCCUCAGUGGUAGAUGUUUGUGAAUUGUGUUGAACACUUGAACCUAAUAAAAUGUGUAAUCUGUAUAUUCACUGUAUAUGUUUACAUUUUUAUGUUUGAAUAAAAAAAUGAAUCGCUCACUACACUGAUUUGAUUUGAAAUUCUUCAUGAAAGCCGUCAUAAGCUCAUGACAGACUUUCACAUUUUGGCUGGUGAUGUUUCUUUCUCCCCCGCUGCCAACAGUGAUACACUUAGUGGCGUUUGGUUCAGCGUGUUAUUCCGUGUUGAUGGGUUAUCCACAGGCACAUAAUCUCUCUGAUGUUAAUAAUCCAUGUCAUUCAUUGGAAUUACAUUCCUCCUACAU